AUGCCAACCAUCUGGUAUCUCUGGUGGCUCUUCUUUCUAGCAGUCAACAGUUACUACUUCACAAAUCCCCCACCACCGGCCGGCGAUACCCCCAAUACCGUAUACACCCUCGGUAGCAACUUCGACGUACAAUGGGCAUCGUACAAUGGCGAAAGCAACUCCCUUGACUUGGUUAUGGAGCAGGCGGAUACAGGCCAACAAUAUGACAUCUUUCGUAACUACAGCGGCCUAUGGCAAUAUCCAUGGGUUCUCUCGCUCGCUUCGAACCAAAGCCUGGCAACAACCAAUCAGUUCUUUUUCGUCCUUUACAUCACCGGAGACAGCGUAGAGGCUGCCCAAAGCCACAACUUUAACCUAACGGUAUCAGCUUCCACAACAUCUUCUACCGUCGGACCAACAUCUACGUCUACCGCGAGCUCUACCCCUUCUUCCACCUCGAACAACACGCAGUCCUCGGGUGCGCUAACGACGGGUGCAAAGGUUGGACUUGGUGUUGGCAUUCCCGUUGCUGUUAUAGUUGGCAUUGGGGCCGGUAUCCUAUUUACGCGACGGAGCCGAAAGAAGAAUGUCACAGAACCGACGCUUCCGCAGCCAUACCAAUAUCAGCCGUCCUAUGUGCAAGUUCCCAGAGCUGAACUAGAGAAUACCAAACCUAGCCCAUCCGAGAUGCCAGCGAACUCCGAGCCGGAAUAG